AUUUGCAGGGGCCUGCCUGGAGCAUUUGAUCCCCACACGCCAGGAUGGUGGCUGGAGCCCAGGGACCGUGGCUGCCGCGGCCUCCCCUAUGGCUCUGGUGCUGGGUCCAGGUGCUGCUGGCUCCCCUGGGGCUGUGGCCGGCGCGAGCCUUCAACUUGCACUCGGACCAUCCCACCGUCUACGCCGGGCCCCACCACAGCUACUUUGGUUUCGCCUUGGACUUCUUCAAGGACAGGAAGGGAGGCAUGAGUGUGGUGGUGGGCGCGCCCCGGGCCAACACCUCGCAGCCCGGCGUGGUGGAGGCUGGAGCUGUGUACUUGUGCCCCUGGGCGCCCGGCGGGACCGGCUGCAGCAUCAUAGAGUUUGAUCCGAAAGGGGACCAGACCGAGAACAAGGGAUUCCUCCGGCUGAAGACCUACAAGUCUCACCAGUGGUUCGGGGCGUCUGUGAACAGCUGGGAUGGCAACGUUGUGGCCUGUGCCCCCCUGCAGCACUGGAACGUCUUCGAGGGCAUGGCCCAGGCCACCCAGACGCCUGUGGGCACCUGCUUCGUGGCCACCGAGGGCCUGAGCCGCUUCACCGAAUACGCGCCCUGCCGCUGCCACCACAUGGAGGCCACGUACCUGCAGAGGCGCUACGCCUACGACAAGCGGUACUGCCAGGUGGGCUUCAGCGCCGCCAUCACCCACGCUGGCAGGCUGGUGCUGGGUGCCCCGGGAGGAUACUACUUUGUGGGGCUGAUCUACUCAGUCAAUCUGUCGGCAGUCGUCUCCCACUUCCCUGGCAGCGCCCUGCUCUGGUCCGUGGCCCCUGAGCAGGUCACGGAGGACAUGAUCUAUGAUUAUGACGACGCCUACAGAGGGUACUCAGUGGCUGUGGGGGAGUUUGACGGGGACCCCACUACACCAGAGUAUGUUGUGGGCGUCCCCAACAAGAGAACGACCUGGGGGGUGGUCGAGAUCUUCAGCAGCAGGAAGUCUCUGGCGCUGGUACAGAGCAUCCAGAGUGAGCAGGUGGCGUCAUACUUUGGUCACACAGUGGCUGUUGCUGAUGUGAAUGGCGAUGGGAAGGACGACGUCUUGGUGGGGGCGCCACUCUACAUGGAGCGCCACUCCGACCGCAAGCUCUACGAGGUGGGGCGCGUCUACCUGUACAUGCAGCGCCGGGGCCCCCACGUCUACAGGUACCCCUGGCAGACCCUGACCGGCACCGAGGUCUACGGCCGCUUCGGCACAGCCAUCGCUCCUGUGGGGGACCUGGACCAGGACGGCUACGUUGACGUGGCGGUGGGGGCUCCGUUCGCCGGGAGUGGCCGUGUGCUCAUCUUCAGCGGGCACAGCGAGGGGCUCCGGACGCCGGCCUCGCAGGUCCUGGAGAGUCCCUUCCCCGGCCAUGCUGCCUUCGGCUUCUCCGUGCGUGGCGCCACCGACAUCGACGCCAACGGGUACCCAGAUGUGCUGGUCGGGGCAUUCGGCGCCAGCAAGGUGGCCGUGUACAGAGCCCAGCCCGUGGUGGUGGCCAGUAGCCAGCUGUUAGUGCCAGAUGUGCUGAACCCCGAGGAGAAGACCUGCAACGUCUUCGGGACCCCUGUCAGCUGCUUCCCCAUCCGGCUGUGUGUGGGCGUCUCGGGGAAGAGCCUCCCAGAGAGAAUCAGGCUGGCCGCUGACCUGCAGCUGGACCGGCUGAAGCCGAAGUCGGGGCGCAGGGUCUGGGAGCUGCAGACGCACCAGGCGGGGCAGAGUCUGGAGCUGCAGCUGUCGAGGGAGGCACCACUCACCUGCCAGAACCUCACAGCCUACCUGCGGCACGAGGCCGAUUUCAAGGACAAGCUGAGCCCCAUCGUGGUGAGCCUGACGCUGACCCUGGCAGCUGGGUCGGGCACCGAGGAGCCGGGGCUGGUGCUCUGCGGGCAGACAGCGGUGCAGGAGCAGACGCGCAUUGUGCUGGAUUGUGGCGAGGACAACAUCUGCAUCCCAGAGCUGCGACUUGCCGCUCACACGCCCGUGGCCCAGCUGUUCAUCGGGGACGAGAACGUGGUUCAUAUCCUGGCUGACGCCACCAACACGGGCGAAGGCGCCUUCGAGGCUGAGCUCCGGCUGCAGCUGCCACCCGAUGCCCACUAUCAGAAAGCCACCAGCAACGUUCAGGGGCUGGAGAAGCUUAUCUGUAACCCCAAGAAGGAGAACGAGACGCGUGUGGUGAUCUGCGAGCUGGGGAACCCCAUGAAGAGCGGCACCAAGAUUGCUGUGGACAUGGCGCUCAGUGUCAGUAACCUGGAGGAUGCCAGUGACACCAUCGAGUUCCAGCUGCAGCUGCGGAGCAAGAACAGCCACAGCCCCCACAGCAACGUGGAGCAAGUGCAGAUCCCCAUCAAGGCUGCAGCGCUGCUGGACCUGCGAGGGAAUUCGCUGCCAGCCACCGUGGUGCUGCCAGUGGCGGGCUGGGAACAGGUGGAGGGCAGCCGCCGGCUGGAGGAACACGGGCCCAGGGUGGAGCAUGUCUAUCAGCUGCACAACCAGGGCCCUGGCACCGUGAGUCGGGCGGAGCUGUGGGUGGAGUUCCCGAGCCACUUCCAGGACGACUUCUUGCUGUACAUGACGGAGCUCACCACGGAGGGGAGGAUCAACUGCUCCAGCCCCACGGGGCUCAACCCUCUGGGGCUGGAGGGCCAGAAACCAAGAGCCUCCCCUGGCCACAACAUGAGCUACCAGCUGGUCCACAGGCGGGAGCGACGGGAAGUAGACAAGGCCGAGGCAGGCCCAGCCACUCUCAGGGAGCCCACCCUGGUGAACUGCAGCAGCCAGCCCUGUGCGGCCGUGCUGUGCAAGAUGGAGAUGCUGGAGAGGGACCAGCGGGCCAUGGUGACUGUCCACUCUGUCCUGUGGAUGCAGAGCGUCAGGAAGCGGCCCUAUGACCAGUUCAUCAUCCAGUCGCAGGCCUGGUUCAACGUCUCCGCCAUGCCCUAUCGCAUCCAGCCCGAAGUGCUGCCCAGCGGACACGCCACGGCCCAAACGGAGGUGGUGCGGGUGAGCCCCGAUGCUGAGAAGGAGAUCCCCACCUGGUGGGUGGUGCUGGCUGUGCUGGCCGGGCUCCUGCUCCUGGCCCUCUUCAUCUGCGCCCUGUGGAAGAUGGGGUUUUUCAAGAGGACCCGGCCACCCAUGGAUGACCAGGAGGAGCUAACGAGUGAUGAGGCGGGGGAGCCAUGCACAGGGAGGGGCCAGUAGGGGGCGCCCCACAAACUGGUCCCCUCCUUGAGCUCCCAUCACUACCUCCUGCUGCUGCAGCCCAUGCCUGGGGCCUGUCCCUUGGUAGCCUGCGCCAGCCAGACGGACAGACAGCUCCUGCCCCCGGCUCCUCCUGUUGUGUGUGCACCCCUGCCCCUCGCCAACUGGAGCUCCCCAGCCCACAGCGACCUCCUCUCCCAGCUGCUGCCCCUCCCAGCCAAGGGGCCGGGCUGUAACCUGUGGCAGGCCGUGUCCAGGUACGGACAGGGCUGGCCAGAGGAAAGUGCCCCUCCAGCCAUGCCAACAGCUCAGCCCCAGGAAUGCCAUGCCUGGCUGGGAUCUCAGUGCUGCCCCCUGUGAGCGUGGCAGUUGGCACUGCCUCUCCUGAGCGCCGCAUGUCCAUCGGAGGCUGAUCAGCCCUAGGGGGAUCAAACAGCUGCCGAGGCCCCACCCUUGGAGGCCAGAGCACCAAGCCCCUGGCUGCACCCUUGGAGGGCCCUCUCCCAUUCCCCGCCAACUGCUCCUGCAUCCCUGGCUGUGGAGAGCAGGGAAUUGUAGCCUCCCUCCUGCUGCUUCCUGCUGUGCAAUAAACGUGCUCCCAGCCCCCUG